GGAGGCAGUGGCUUGUCACUCAUUCUUUGAACAGUGUGCUGGCGCUGAUCUUCUGCCGCUGCUCCAUCGAUAAUCAACCAAUUUGCCAUACGAAAAAUAAAUAUCUAGCAAUAUGGGAAUGUAAUAUUUUUGAAAAUAUCAAGAACAAUAUCAAAAUAUCAAGAACAACCACAACAUUCUUCAUUAAGACAUUUGCGUGGUCUAAUCAAGGAGUUGCGAUGCUCCACGCAAAGGAUAUCAUCCUAGCCUUGCUUCUCGUGGGCUCUACAGUUUGUCUGGAAGUGGAGAUCACCCCCACCCAGGGAGAGAUCAGUGUCGGAGAGUCCAAGUUCUUUCUGUGUGAAAUUGUUGGGGUAGCAAAGGAGAUUGACUGGUAUUCCCCGAGCGGGGAGAGGAUAGAGCCCAACAAACCAGAGAUCACCGUAACCCGAAACGACGAGUCUUCGUCCACGCUCACGCUCUACAAGGCCGGGGUGGACAGCGCUGGGACCUACAAGUGUCUGGCCACCAACGGAGACCAGUCAGCAGAAGCCACCGUCAACGUCAAGUUCUACCAAAGGAUCACCUUCAAGAACGCCCCCUCCCCCCAAGAGUUCAAUGAAGGGGACAACGCCAACAUUGUCUGUGACGUCAUCAGCUCCCCUCCCCCCACCAUCAUCUGGAAACACAAAGGAGCGAAGAUUCAGAUGGAGAAGGAUGUCCGCUUUAAGAUCCUGCCCAACAACCACCUGCAGAUCCGAGGCAUCAAAAAGACAGACGAGGGGUCGUACACCUGUGAGGGCCGCCUCAUGGCCCGGGGAGAAAUUGACCUCAAGAUCAUUAGGGUCAUCAUCAACGUGCUCCCUACCAUCCGGGUGUGGCAGUCUGAGGUGAAUGCCACAGCAGGCGUGGGCCAGUCUGCCAUGUUGACCUGUGCUGCUGAUGGAUACCCAGAGCCCAUGGUGACCUGGGCACGAGCCGGUGUUCUUCUGGAGUCAGGAGACAAGUACAGCUUUAAUAAGGACGGUUCAGAGAUGACCAUCAUGGAGGUAGCCAAGCUGGAUGAGGGAGAGUACACCUGCAUCGCUAAGAACAAGGCUGGGGAGAGCGAACAGGAAGUCAGCCUUAGAGUGUUUGUGAAACCUAAGAUCACCUUCCUGCUGAACCAGAGCACGUCUGAGAUGGCUGAGCAGGUGACUCUGACCUGUGAGGCGUCAGGGGACCCCACCCCCACCAUCAACUGGAGCUUUGGCCUGCGCCCCUUCACUGAGGGAGAGCAGGCACAUCUAAACAGGAUCUAUCAGGCCUCUUGGACUCGGCCCGAACAACACAAGAGUCUGGAUGGGAACGUCGUAGUGAGGAGUGAUGCUCGUGUGUCCUCCCUCACACUGAAGUACGCCAAGUUCACCGACGCUGGCCAGUACCUCUGCUCUGCACGCAACGCCAUCGGAGUGGAUUCUCAACCCGCCUACCUGGAAGUCCGCUAUGCUCCUAAGAUCCAGGGCUCAGUGACAGUGUAUACCUGGGAGGGGAAUGCAGCUAACAUCAGCUGUGAGGUCCUGGCCCACCCCAGUGACGUGUCCAUGCUCUGGCUGAGGGACGGGUUUCAGCUUCCCAACGCUAACAUCACCAAAGCCAAGGUUUUCCAGAGCCCCACAGCCAGCUACCUGGAGGUCACUCCAGAGUCUGAGAAUGACUUCGGGAGCUACAACUGUACUGCUGCCAAUGAGAUGGGCACAGAAUCCAAGGAGUUUCUCCUCAUUCAGGCUGAUGUCCCGUCAGCCCCGUCCCUCGGGGGGGUGGAGCCGUUCUCCAGCUCAGCCAGGAUGGAGUUCCAGGAGCCUGAUGCCACAGGGGGUGUACCCGUCCUCCGGUACCGGGCUGAAUGGAAGACUGUGGGCAGGGGCAGCUGGGUGCAGAUGGUCUAUGAUGUCCAAGGAGGAGCUCUGAGUGAAAUAACCAUCACAGGCCUGAAGCCUGAGACCAACUAUGAGGUGAAGAUGUCAGCCAUCAAUGGCAAGGGAGAGGGUGAAACUAGCCCCGUUGUGGUCUUCAAGACAGAGCCUGUCCGUUAUUCUUACGCAAGUGAACCUGAACCGCCUAAGCUGGAGGGAACACUCCAAACAAAAGGCAACUCCCUCAAAGUCAACUGGCUCAAGCAGGACGAUGGAGGCUCACCCAUCACACACUACCUAGUCCGCUAUAAACCAAAGCAUCAGGCCGACUGGAAGCCAGAGAUCCGGCUGCCCAGUGGCAGUGAGUAUGUGGUUCUGAGCGGACUGGAGUGGAACACGGAGUACGAUGUGUUUGUGGUGGCAGAGAACCAGCAGGGGAAGUCCCAACCUGGAACCCUGACCAUCAGAACCUCUCCAGAACCCGCUGCCAUCCCAGAUAUAGACGGGGAGUCUGCCCUCUCCAUGGGCAUCAUGGCAGGGAUCCUCAUCUUGGCCUUCGUCCUGCUGCUCCUGGCUGUGGACGUCACCUGCUACUUCACCAACAAGUGUGGCCUCAUCAUGUGUCUGUGUUGCAAGCCAGGCAGCGGAGCCAAGGGACACAACCUAGAACAGGGCAAGGCUGCAUUCAUAAAGGAUGAGUCCAAAGAACCGAUAGUGGAGGUGAGGACAGAGGAUGAGUGCACAGCCAAUCACAACGCAGGAGGACCCACGGAACCCAGUGAGACCACACCCCUUACAGAGCCAGAGCUGGCCGCUCACACUGCUGCCCUGGCUCUGGAUACCCUCUCGUCUGUAGCCACCAUCUCUGACACAGCCAACACAACCUAUGACCCCGCCCAGGACAGCCCCUCUAGUGAGAGCACCGCUCUCACUUGUAGCCUGUCUGCCCUCGCUACUGACCCCCUGCCUGCCCCCGCCCCGGCACCCACUCCAGAGUCCAACACAGCCCCCCCAACCCCCUUCAUCUCCACCUCUGACAUCACAGCUAGAGUAGCCCCCCUGUUAGACCUUCUAGGAGACAGCUCUCCUAGAGCAGAGGACAACAUGUAUGCCACUGCUGUUAGUGCCACAGAUUGCCCUACAUCUCCUAAAAAUUCCCCUAUUCCAAUACCACCUAGGCGUCGAAACUCUAACAGACCUGCUCCUUCUCCUCCCACUCCCAAGAGCCCCACACCUACCCACUCCACCACCAUGGCCCCCAGGAAAUCUGCCCCGGAAAGUCCCUCUCUUGCCCCCUCCACUGCCUCUCCUAGUCCAAACACCAGGAAAGCUGCUCCUAUUGCCCCAGACAGCCCCUCUCCUGCUUCUAUGGCAUUCACUUUCCCAGCCUCUGACACCUCCACUUCUAAACUUGCUCCCACUACCACAUAUGUCCCUAGUGCUCCUACUACUGCCUUCAAUGCUGACAUAACUGCUGCUAUCGUUCACGAGGACACAAUCAAAUGUGCCCCUGUUUUCCCAAACAUUCUCACUAGUAUUCCAGUUCCCACAAGUGCCCCCACCACACCUGCCCCUAAUGCUUCCACUGCCCCGACCUUUGCCACACCUGCUGCCCCCACGGUCACUAUCACACUGGCUUCUACUAUAUACGACACCCCAACACCCACCCUGACCCCCCACAUGCCCACCACCACAGCACCCCAAGCCCCAGAGAUAGAGUUAGAGUUGACCGAUGGGGUGGAGACUGAGUGCCCCUCCAUGCCCCCAGCAGAGGCCACUAGGUUUCAGAGUAGUCCCAUUCCCUCCCCUGCCCCUGGCCUUUCCUCAUCCUCCUCCCCCCUGGCUAACGGAAACGGGUUUGGGGCAGACCUCCAGGCCUCAAGCCCCCCAGCUCUGGAGGAGUUAGACAGUCCGGCCAAGGCUGCUCCACUCAACGACGAGAAGAUAUUUGGAGGUGAGAAAAGUAAAGCGGAGGAGGCUGAGGUGAAGACAGCCCUGUCAGAGGUGACCACAGAACACAACAAUGUCACACAGAGAAACGCCAGCGACAACAAAGCAUGAUUGGGCAGCCUCAGCCCAUCCAAGAUGGCGGCGGCAGCAACACUCAUUACAGUCUGCAGCAGUUUUUCUUUCCAGUGCCCUUACUGCAUUUCCAGAACAGCAACAUGUGUCUGUGCAAUAGAGUUCAUUAGAGCACGAUCUGAUUGUGCAAAAACAUUUUUAUUCUCACGUAUGAUUUGUUUUGCUACACACAUGGAACACUAAAGAAUUCCAUUUGAGUCAUUUCAAGUGGUAUAGGAGACAAAAUUCUAGUUUUUACAACUACUCAGAGUUAUAAUUGUUUUCAGUGAGGAUAAACAAUGGAUUAUUCAGGAACAUAACACUGAGUGUACAAAACAUUAGGAUUAUCUUCCUAAUAUUUAGUUACACCCCCUUUGCCCUCAGAAUAGCCUCAAUUCAUCGGGGCAUGGACUUUACAAGGUGUCGAAAGUGUUCCACAGGGAUGCAGGCCCAUGUUGACUCCAAUGUUUCCUGCAGUUGUGUCAAGAUGGUUGGAUGUCCUCUGGGUGGUGGACCAUUCUUGAUGCACAUGGGAAACUGUUGAGUGUGAAAACCCAACAGUGUUGCGGUUCUUGACACCUGGUACCUACUACCAUACCCCCUUCAAAGGCACUUCAAUAUUGUGUCUUGCCUAUUCACCAUCUGAAUGACACACACACAAUCCAUGUCUCAAGGCUUAAAAAUCCUUCUUUAACCAGCCUCCUCCUGUUCAUUUACACUGAUUGGAGUGGAUUUAACAAUUGACAUCAAACGGGAUCAUAGCUUUCUUCUGGAUUCACCUGGUCAGUCUGUCAUGGAAAGAGAAUAAUGUUUUGUACACUCAGUCUAUAUAUACUGAAGAGAUUGACCAUGUAGACAUUAUUUUAUUAUUUCCAUGUUACAUUGUUCAAAUGUUUGAUGGCUAGUCUCAUCGAAUAGUUUGUUUGCAUGUCUGAUUUGCAAAUGGUUCUUAAUGUUUUGUUUGAAACAUUUCACUGUUUUACUCUUUAUGUCUGUAUUAGGGUGGGUUAUCAUACAGAUUGUUUCAUUGUUUCAAACAGAAGUUCAUUGAUUUGGUUAACACCACUUCCCCAUGCGCCAAGGCAAGCUCUUGAGUGACAGAGACAGACAGAAAGGAAGGUAGGGUUAUUUCUAGCUAGCAGCCCACAGUGCGGGGAAUGCUUGGGUUUCAGAGAAAGCCAUAUUAUCAUAGAUAUGUAUCAGGAGUUAUCAUAUGAGAUGUCUUCAACUCGCCUUACCUGGAGGUUCAGGAAAUGAAUACUGUAUUGUGCUAAAUGCAGAAGUACGUAUUGAGCGAAUAUUGUACCGGUAUUCACAAUGGAACACAAGAUCGAGCCAUGUGCAACCGAUACAGUGGUUCUCACAGAGAAAUGUUGUAGAGAAUAACGUUUAGUGAUCUAAGUGAAUGUCUCAUGACCCAAGCACCACCACCUCCUUGUUUUAACAUCAACUAUGAUGAGUAUCUUAUCAUAUUCACAAGAAAACAAAGAAAAUGCCUGACAUUUAUCAUUCAGAAUUGUGUUUUUGAAGCAAAAAUCUUUUAAAGCAGUUUUUGUACUCUAUAUGGAAAGGUUUCUUUUCCACUCCUGACUGCGAGCUUGUGCACUGUGACUGUGUCAAUAGAUUGUCUUGUCGUCACUUUCAAUAAUAUCUGCAUAGCUUUGUCGUGAAAGGUUUACCUGUAUAUUCUUUUUAUAUUGUAUCUAUGAAAACAGUACAGCAAAUGUAUAUACAGUAUAGAGUUGUUGAUAUGUCCCAUCACACAGAGGUCUAGUGCAGUCUGUAACACAGCCUGGGGAGAUAUGUUGAGUUUUAGGCAUGAUGAAUACAAACGGUACUUUAUCAAAUAUGUGUAACAGAAACCCAAACAGACGUGCCUAUGUUUGUUUAGGCAAUGUGAGUUAUGUGAGGGAGUUAUCAGAAUGAGGUCUGUUCAGGCCUAUAAAACACUUUAUUUUAUUCUCCAGUUGUUGUUCAAGUGUUCUGUAAUGUUGUCUUUGAAUUGAUUUUGUUUUUGUACAAUAGCAGGCAUCAUGAGCUUGCUGCCUGUUGAAUUUAUAAUGCCAGAGACAGAGGGCAGGUUGGUAAUCUGACAACAGAAGAAAACAACACUCCAAAAUGUUAAUACUGUAUGUUGUUCUGACACUUUCAUGUAAACAAUCAUUCCCCUCAGUACAUCAGUGGAAUAGGACAGUCAUGCCAGAACCUGUACAAUUACAACCCUCUGCUGUUGUCAUCCUCCCACCCCGUCCCCUAUCUCUGGAGCCUCUUGGUUUUACUGGGUCGAACCCAGUGGACCGUUCUGCUCUCGGCGGUCUACAGUCAGUACUAACCCAUUUACAAAAUAAAACAAGGUUUUGGAACCUCA